GCAAAAGGUACAAUGAGUAUUUUGAUUCUUUUAAUACCGACCCCAAUCAUUGGUCACUUGUUGACUUUGAUUUAUGGGCAAUAUCAAAUGUCGCCGGCGUACAGCAAAAAAUAGCCCACCAAGCGUUUUACAAAUAUUUAAAUAGAAUUCUUCUUAAUGGAUCAUCCACCCAAGAACAUAUUAUUUAUGCUCGUCGCCUCCUGAAUAAUAAAAAGAUUGAUAGCCACAUUCUACCCAAUCACUUGCUGCCCUUUACUGAUUGCGGAUUGGGAAGGGUGGGCAAGCGGAGAUUCUCCACUUACUUUUUGCCAACAUUUUUGCUCUACGUUUCCUUGCGUCCAAAUCAUGUUGCUAACACCCUUUUCUCUUUCCUUCACGUUGGCAAGGAGAAUAUCAAAUCGAUCAGAAACCUUUGGAAAAAUAAAGCAGUCCUCAGCAAGGUGAAUCAGGCUGUAGAAAUGAUUAAAGCGCAUAGUAUGCUUGACCGAGUUACGAAUGACCGUGUCGAAAAACUUGUUGAUUAUAAAAUGAGAGUAAGUCAAUUAUUAACAGUUGAUUUACUAGUAUGGAAUAGCUCUAAUUCUUAUGCUGGGCUAGCAAUGAGCUUACGGAAGCAUUGUCUAAUCAAGGAUGGCGUAAAUAAGGAGAGUGAGACGGGAAUAUCAGGGGACAAUUUUCCAGAUUUCGGACGUCAAAUGAAAAAAAGAAGAAUGGAAUGGCUUUCGACUCCCCAUAAGCCGAUUCUCACUCUUGAAAUGUUCGAUACAAUGAUUCCGAAAGUUGUUCCAGGAAUGAAAUCCCUAAAAAAGGUUGUUGCUGAAAAAUUCUUGGAUAUAACUAACGAAAUUAAAUAUCAUGAGAGCGAACAGAAACAAUUAACUAGCUUAGGAAAGGUGCUUUCAAAAUGGCUACGAAAAGUGUGUCA